AUUAUAUUGAACACACUAUUUUGCAAAUGAAGAAAAUAUUCUCCUCCGUAAAAACCCUCUUUCAGGUUUUCUAUACACCAAGAAAAGGAGACCAAAAAUAAAAAAUCAUUUCCCUUUUCUCAAGUAUCUCGGCACCCCGACGAUGUCUAGAAAUUCCGAACGGUGAAUCGAAACCCUAGAAGGCCCAUAUUUAGAGGCAGUCGCGAUUUGUUGGGUGAUGUUGGCAGUUGAACUAGUUUGAUUAUCUCACAUAGCUGAGGCAAUAUUUUCUAUAUAAGCAAGGUUGUCGACUCAUGGAGCUUAAAGCUUCAUAUCCAAAGCAGGUAUUUUCAACUUCUGAUUGCGACAGUGAUCCCGAGGAGAAAGAAAUUAGUGAUGACGAUGAUCGUAAUCAUAAGCAUCGUAGAAGGGAAACACAUUCACAGUCUGCAGAGACAGGGGCUCUUGAACCAGUUUUAAGUAGACCAUUCAGGAAAAGGAACAGGCCGUUUGCAAAUGGGCACCUUCAGAAUCUCCAGGAAGGAGAUUCUCACUGGAGUGAUACUAGGUUUGGCAAAAGACGAGGAAUGGGUUCUUUUGCCAGGACACCUUCAGAUUCAUAUCAGAGGAUGAGGCUAAAUCAGUCCCUUUCUGGUCAUUCUGGUCCUGGUAGGGGUCGAGGAAGAGAAUCUGGUACUUGGGGUCCCUGUGAAUCUAGGUUCAGCUCUAUUGAUAUUGCAUCUCAAUUGAUGCCACCUCUUCUUUAUACUGGAAGGGGGAUGCAGAAUGUUUCUAGUGGACAGAGUUCAUCUUGGAAUGCAUUUGGAAUGGUUCCAGGAAUGCCCAAUGGUGGGCUUGAUACACUUCAUACCCUUGGUUUACAGGGAACACUUAGGACAGCCUUGACUCCUGCCAUGAAUAUGGGAAUUCCAAGGCAAAUGUGUAGAGACUUCGAGGAGCGUGGAUUUUGCCUAAGAGGAGAUAUGUGCCCACUGGAGCAUGGAGUUAAUCGUAUCAUUGUUGAAGAUGUUCAGAGCCUUUCUCAGUUUAAUCUUCCUGUUUCACUUCCCAUUGCUCAUAUGCUGGGACCAAAUACUGCACAAGGAUCUUUACCCGCAGUAGGCCCCUCUAGCUCAUCAGCUAGUGGAAAAUCUUUACAUAGCAAAAGUAUCAACCCUCCAAUGAUUGAUGGUGGAUUAGGUAUGACUGAUACUUUUGGUGGUGGUUCUGUGGCUGGGGGAGCUGAUUUUUAUGAUCCUGAUCAGCCUUUAUGGUCAAAUGAUCAUCCUGCAACUUCAACAGCACUCUUGGAUGUCAAUCGGUCUAAAAUUGAUGACAUGGGGCCUUUGCUGAAUGCGGACUCCUCUGAUCGGAAUCAGGCUGGGCUUUAUGAUGGCUGUAAACUCGAACCUCUAGAUAGAGGUGCCGGAGCAGCUUCAGGAUCUCAAAGUGUGUGCAGAAGAAUCAGUAGUUCAAAAAAGAAGUUUGAACCAUUCAGCAGCACUCAGGGUGUCACCCGUCAUGGUAAGCAAACAAAUGUAGAUACCAUAGACCAGAAAAUGAUGGAACCAUCUUCAGAGCCCCAAAGUAGUUCUGGACGCAAUAAGCGAAACCCAUCUCAAAAGGCACUUCGUACUCUAUUUGUUAGAGGGAUUCCUCAAAAAGACAACAAACCAGAAGCUCUUCUGUCACAUUUUCGAAAAUUCGGGGAGGUUAUUGACAUCUACAUCCCGGUAAAUGGCGAACAAGCUUUUGUUCAAUUUUCUAAGAGGGAUGAAGCUGAGGCUGCUUUAAAAGCACCAGAUGCCGUGAUGGGAAAUCGCUUUGUAAAGCUUUUCUGGGCAAACAGGGAUAGCAUUAUGGAUGAUGGAGUAAAUGGUAGUAGUAAUAUACCUUGUGGUGGGACCCCUAGUACAGUUCCACCUCAUCUAUCUGUUCCUCAUAAAAGAAAAGACAAUCUGCAGAUUGUAGCGCCAAAAACUGCUGAAAAUGGUGUUGUUCCAGUAGCCACCUCUGAUCUGCCCAAGCCUGUGGCUAGGAGUGGUCCCAAAACUACACCAGCUUUGCAAAGAAAGCUGGAAACUUUAGAGCUUCUGAAGGAAGAAAUGCGCAAGAAGCAGGAAAUGCUUGAGCAGAAGCGGAAUGACUUCCGACGCAAGUUGGAUAAACUUGAGAAGCAAGCCGUGGGUGUGAAAGAUGAGGCAGUGCCAGAUCAGGCUAUGAAAAAACCAAAGGGAGGAGGAAAAGGUUCCAACUCUGGUGAAGUGGAAAGUUCAAGUGCCACAGAACCUAGUAAUGCUGUGUCAUCACCACAUGCUGAAGCAACACCAUUUAGUUGCAGAUCUACAGAGGAUGCCGAGCCUAUUUGUUCCAAAUCAUCUUCGAUUGUCGCAGCGCAAGAAGCUUCAAACUUGAAGCAGUCAAUCCGUCCAUUGGCACCAAUUGGCGCACCGUUUAUCUCAAAUAGAUACAAACUAGAUAACCGACCCACCGCAUUCAAGAUCCUUCCACCUCUGCCAAGUGGUCUAGCAAAUGUUGACGUCCUGAAGGAACACUUCUCUACAUUUGGUGAUCUUCCUUCUGUUGAGCUGGAAGAUUUGGAACCUCAAGAUUGUAAUGAUGGCUCAGAGGUGCAAAAUACAUCUGCUAGGAUAUCUUUCCGAUCACGUCGAUCUGCUGAAAGAGCAUAUAUGAGUGGUAAAUGCUGGCAAGACCAAACUCUGCAUUUUAUGUGGUUACAAUCCAGUAAUUCUGCAAAGGAUAUUGGUGUUGGAGAAAAUGUCACUCCAGCUUCAAAGCAGCCUUCAGAUGUUAAUGGGCAAUCCAUUGUAAACAAUUGUCUGGCUGGUUCCCAGGAAGGAAGUGGGGCUGGGAAUGGUAAACCUGAAAAUCAAGAAAGAAAAGAAGAUGAAUGAAGAUCCAAGUCAAGCUUAAUUCUGCAUCUCGUUAACAGUUAGCAAUUCGAUUGAUCAUGAUGAUCGCCUGAUUUUCGGAGUUGUACAGCGAGGUAAAUUUUAUAUCUUUUAUAUGUAAUUUCUGGAGUUUUAGCGAUUGACGAAUCUCUGUUCCAAUUUGGCUUUCACGUUAUCUGCAAAUGUAAAGAGUAUUUUUAGACCUUAUACUGGUCCUUUUGAUUAGCUGUACUGAAAUUUUUUUUGUCACUGAAUGCUCAGACAGAGCCCAGGAUAUACUAUAGGCCCUGGAAAAAAAAUGUAAGAUGAGAUAGUGCCCUUCAUUUUGGUGUUUUAUUUAUUUCAAGUUAUUUCUACCUUUAUCAAAAAAAAAAAAAGAAGUUUCAAGUC